AUGAAUAAAAUAUUAAUAAUUUUACUUCUGGUUAUAACUUUACAUCGAUCACAAAGUCAUGCCAUAUAUGCCAUUUCCGGUUUGAAAAAUUCAGAUAACGGAAAUUCUAAAAGGUUUCAAUCGUCGGAAGAAUUUGAUGGUCCUUUGGAAUUUUAUACGAAACCGAACGGAGACAACAAUAAUGAAAAAUACACUCGGAUAUUGAUUAAUAAAAGAACCGGAAAUGACGUACUCACGAGAAGAAGCAUAUUAGAUAAAAAUUUUAUGAGAUUUGGAAGAAAUGCUGGAAGAAGUGGGGGACCCUCGGAAAUGGAACAAGAAUCGAACAUGAAAGAUUUUUCCAGGUUUAACAGAGGGAUGAAAGAUAGUUUUAUAAGGUUCGGUAGAGGAACUCAGGAUAGUUUUAUAAGAUUUGGAAAAUCAAUUAAAAAAUUGGAAAUGUAUCCGUUCGACGAAUCGAAUUCAAAUUUAAAUGAUGAUAAUAAUAAUUAUUUACGUAGUGGAAAAAGCGCGCGAGAAAGUUUUAUACGUUUUGGAAAAAGGGAUUCAAAUUUUAUGAGAUUCGGACGUGGAAAAUUAAAAAAAAAAUUAUUAAAAUGUAAUAAAAAAUUUGGAAAAUAUCAUCGGGAUUGUUAUUAUUUGUCGUUCGAAACUGGAAUCGGAAAAUCCGAUCGUUUUCCAGAUCCUUUCGAAAGAUUUGGAGAAUUUAGACCGCCGGAUAAUAAUAAUAAUAAUAAUUUAUUAAUCAUGUCGUCGCCAUUUUUUCCCGAUUACGAAUCGAAUGAAAAAAACGAGUCGAUUUCAAAAUUGAAAAACGAUGAUCAAUUUUCUCCAGUCGAUGAUGAUGAUGUUAAGGAAUACUAUCACGAUGAUGAUGAUAAUAAUAAUAACAUCAUGAGAAUGAAAAGGAAAACAUUGAAUGGUGGAAAUAAUAAUAAUAUUAAUAACACGAAUAAAAAAAAUCAUGAUGAUAGAAUCGUUGUUGAUGAGAAAUUGGAUGGGAAAAUGAAAAAAAAAAGAGAAGACGACGACGAUUGGAAAAUUCCAGAGGAUGACGUCAUCAUUUCUCCAAAUUAUUAUUUUAAAAAAUACCCGGAAUAUUUUCCGAAAAAAUUUUCACGGAUUCAUAAUUUGAAAUAUUUAACGGAUUUUGGAAACGUGAAAUUUCACAACAAGUUAACUCCGCCAUUUUUUCCAGUUUCGACAAAUUUUUAA